AUGCAGCGUUCGAUCCGCCUGGUGCUCUGGAACGCUCGACAGGUCCAUGCUUCAAGUAGGGCUAUUGCCACCACGACUACUUUGAAGCGUGAAAAAAUCAAGGUUGAUAAUCCUGUUGUGGACCUUGAUGGUGAUGAGAUGACUCGAAUUAUUUGGGAUAACAUCAAAAAGAAGCUGAUUCUCCCGUAUCUCGACAUCGACAUCAAAUAUUUUGAUCUUGGCCUGCCUCAUAGGGAUGAAACAAAUGACGAGGUUACCCAUGCGGCAGCCGAAGCCAUUAAAAAAUACAGUGUAGGUAUCAAAUGUGCUACAAUAACACCGGAUGAAGCAAGAGUGAAAGAGUUCAAGUUGAAGAAAAUGUGGCUGUCACCAAAUGGAACUAUCCGAAACAUCCUAAACGGAACUGUAUUCCGGGAGCCAAUCAUUUGCAAAAACAUUCCACGUUUGGUGCCUGGUUGGGAGAAGCCGAUUGUAAUUGGAAGGCAUGCCUUCGGUGAUCAGUACCGUGCCACCGAUCUCGUUGUACCGGAAGGUUCAAAGCUGGAGCUUGUCGUAACAGGGCCGAACGGUAAGGAAGAAAGGAGGACCGUCUUCGACUUCAAAGGCACGGCUGGUAUUGGAAUGGCCAUGUAUAAUACUGAUGAGAGCAUUCGUGGUUUUGCCCAUUCGUGCUUCCAAUAUGCUCUAAUGAAAAAAUGGCCGCUUUACUUAAGUACGAAAAAUACUAUUCUUAAGCGAUAUGACGGGCGUUUUAAGGACAUCUUCCAAGAGAUUUAUGAAACGAACUACGAGAAAGAUUUCAAAUCAGCUGGUACUUGGUAUGAGCACCGAUUGAUUGAUGAUCAGGUCGCUCAAUGCCUUAAGAGUGCUGGUGGUUUCGUCUGGGCCUGCAAGAAUUACGACGGUGAUGUCCAAAGUGAUAUUGUUGCCCAAGGUUACGGCUCGCUCGGUUUGAUGACUUCAGUUUUGAUGUGCCCUGACGGAAAAACUAUGGAGGCUGAAGCGGCACAUGGUACUGUUACCCGACACUACAGAGAGUAUCAAAAGGGGAAUCCGACGUCCACGAAUCCGGUAGCAUCAAUUUUCGCUUGGUCCCGAGGACUGCAUCAUCGUGGAGUAUUGGACAAAAAUGAAAAGCUGAAGAGGUUUGCCCACAAACUGGAGAAAGCUUGUAUUGAAACUAUCGAAGAAGGAAAAAUGACUAAGGAUCUGUCUAUUUGCAUACAUGGUUCCAAGAAAGGCGCUGAGAAAGGCAUGUUCCUUGUAACGGAGGACUUCCUCAGUGCUAUUGACAGCAAGCUGGCCAGCUUGAUGAAGGAGUAG